AUGGGCAAGCAUCAAGAUCUGGAUGUUGAGGGUGACAUUGCCACGCAACUGGAUGAGUUGAAAACCGUGGUGCCAAAGUUCAAGAAGGUGGCUGCAGAGGUUUCAAAAUACAUCAAAGCCAUCGCAGCCAUCCAAGCUGCAGAGACACGCGUGCAAGAAGCUCUUAGCGAGCUGGGGCGCCCUCCGCCCAAAUGCCCACGCCGUGUCAAAGACAUGCGCUCUGCUGUGGUCAAGGGCAGCGAGUGUCUCCGCAAGUGCCAACAACUCCACUGGAACCAGGUUGAUGUGCUGGAGAGUGAUCUGAUCCCAGCAAUCGAAGCCGUCGUGCAGGACGCAUCCAAGACGCAAUCGGCGCUGGAGAAAGAACUGAAGGAGGGCAAGGCCAAAGCUACACAGGAAAUCAAGAAGGAGGAAAAGAAGCUGCAAAAGCUGGAGAAGAAGCACGGCAAGGCGACAGAUGAUCGCACAGAUUCCGACGUCAUUGAUCAACACGGCGUGGUCGAAGACUCCAAAACGGCAUUGCAGGACUUUCUGGACACGUUCUAUGAGAAGGUUCUGGACGAGCACCGGGCACGCUUCUCCAAAGUUGUCGGCGCACUUGUCAACUACGGAGGCAGCGCCCUCAACAAGUACAUGAAGGUGCGUCCAACGGUGGAGGUGAACGUGGAACGGGAGCGGGGGAGCAAAACGUGUGGGUGA